AUGGCACCAAAGAGAAGUGCUGCCUCUUCCACCAAAGUCACUGAAGCAGGUGGAAAUAAGGUGAAGCAAGAGCCUGACACAUCAAAGGAUGCCUUUUCCUCUGCCAUAGAGGCGCUGAAGGAUGCAGGGCCACACGUUAAGGACAAAAGUAAGGCUGAUGAGCAAUGCUUGCUGUCAGAACAGCAUUCAGGGGAGGUGUAUGAAGAUUAUGACUGUAUGCUGAAUCAGACCAACAUUGAAAAUAACAGCAAUAAGUUUUAUGUCAUUCAAGUGUUGAAUAAAGGUGCCUGUUACUACUGCUGGACCAAAUGGGGGAGAGUGGGGGAAACAGGCCAGUCAAAACUAUCAGACCCCUAUGUCAGCCCAGACAAAGCCAUCAAAGACUUUGAGAAGAUGUUCAAAGCCAAGACGAAGAACAGCUGGAAGGAGCGAGACAACUUUGUGUCUCGCCCGGGGAAGUACACCCUGAUAAAGGUGGAUGGAGGCCAGGAUGUAGAGGUCAAGGUGGACAAUGUUGAUGGGAAGAUUGUCAAGGGGCCCCAAAACAUUCUGCCUUGCACCCUGAAUAACCCCACACAGAAGCUCAUCCAUCUCAUUUUUAGCAACGACAUGUUCCAAAAGACCAUGGAGUGCAUGACCCUGGACAUAAAGAAGAUACCCCUGGGGAAGCUGAGCAAGCUGCAGAUCGCCAAGGGCUUUAAAGUGCUGGAGGAGAUUGAGGGAGCUAUGAACGCCAGCCAGACCAGCAGGAACAAACUGGAGGAGCUCUCCUCCAAGUUCUUCACCACCAUCCCACACAUCUUUGGACGCAAUAGGCCCCCGGUCAUCGACAGCUCUGAGAUCAUAGAGAAGAAGAAGGAGAUGCUUCUGGUGCUGGCUGAUAUAGAGAUAGCCCAGAACCUGAAGGCUGAGACUGAGAAGACCCAGGAGCUGAUGGAGGUGGAGAAAGUACUUCAUUCACUGGACCAGAAAUAUCUGUCUCUCAACUGCAAACUCUGUCUACUAGAAAGAGAAACACAGGAAUUCAAGGUAAUUGAGAAAUACCUGAAGGCCACUGCAGAUAGCCACAGCCAGCCAAAGAUUAUAGAUAUCUGGGAGGUAGAGAGUGAGACUGAGGCGGAGCGGUUCAGGGAGAAUGACAACCUGGAGAACCGGCGUCUGCUGUGGCACGGCACCAACGUGGCAAUGGUUGCGGUCAUCUUGAACGGUGGCCUAUAUAGUCACUUCAUGCCCCAGUCAGGGGGCUGCGUAGGCAAGGGCAUCUACUUUGCUUCGGAGAUCAGCAACUCUGCUAAUUACGACCCGUCCAAGGACAUCUUCCUGACUCUGGAUGGUAAGCAGGUAGCUGUGCCUCAGGGUAAACCCACCAAGCAGCCCCAGUACAAGGACAGCUACUUCCGCAACAGCAAGUACCUAGUCUACAAGGAGAACCAGUGUCGCAUCCGCUACCUGCUGGAGCUCAAGUUUUAA